AUGUCCACUGCGCAGCGCUCGAUUGUCACGCCGUUCUCGGUGUCGCUCCUACUUGCAGCCCUCGUCGCGUACCUGUUGGGCCCAACUGCGCGUCAGACAGCGGUUGUGCUGGGGUUCUUCCGCAGCCCUGCCAACACGGUCUUGGCGGCUGAUCAGACCUUGUCUGUGCUUGAGGGGACGACGCACUGCGAAGACCUGCACUAUCACCAGGCAAGUGGGCUUCUAUUCACGGCGUGCGAGGAUGACGCCGCCAAGAGGCAUCGCUGGUUCCCCCCCUUGGCCCAUUUUGACGACCCGGAUAUCUUGACAUCCACGGCACGCGGGUCGCUCAGAGUCAUCGAUCCCGAGACCCUGGCAGUUCGGGCACUGCGUCUCGACGGCUUCGACGGGCCGUUUGUGACGCAUGGAAUCGACGUCAUAGAUGAUCCCCAACACCCGGCCGGCGAGGCGGUCUACAUCUUCGCCGUCAACCACGUUCCCAACCGCGACCACUUCGUCAAGGGCAAUUCUUCCGCCCCCAAGAGCCGCUCAGUUGUCGAGGUCUUUCACCAUGUGCUCGGCUCGGACUCGGCGCGGCACAUCCGCUCUGUGUGGGACGCCCUCAUCAAAACGCCCAACGAUAUCUAUGCUGCGUCGCCGACGUCGUUCUUUGUCACCAACGACCACUACUACAAGGAAGGGCCCAUGAGGGCUCUUGAGGACUUGAGAAGGGCAGCUAAAUGGACUAGCACCAUCUUCGUGGACUUCUCACAGGCGGCUGAGGACAAGACCAGUGACACGCAAGGUGUCCGGGCUUGGGUCGCCCUCGGCAACAUGCACAACAACAACGGCUUGGGCCACGGACGAAGGCCGGACGAGAUCGCGGUGGUCAGCUGCUGCAGCGGCAAACUGCUUCUGGGCACGGUCGUGGAUGGGUCCUCGUCGGCGCUGAGAGCCGCACCGCGCAGCAUCCAGCUGUCGGAGACCAUCCAGUUCGACUCCGUCGUGGACAAUCCGAGCUACUUCGCCGAUCCCUUUGCCAAAGGGUCGAAGGACAAGAGCGGGUUCGUGCUGCCGGGCUUGACCCGGGCCGUGGACCUGCCAAAGACCACACGGGACCCCGGAGCGACCGAGCCCAUCAUGGUGUGGAAGGCGUCGCCGGACGAGAGCAAGUCUGGAUGGAAGACGGAGCUGCUCUUCGAGGAUGACGGGUCCAGAGUGCGGAGCGCGAGCAGCGCAGUGCUGGUGGCGGCUGAUCCGGCCAAGCACAACGGGGCGCGACGGGCUCGCUUGUUCGUGACUGGCUUCCUGUCGAAGAACAUGGUGGCCGUGGACGUAGACCUGUAG